UCCCGAGGAAGCUCCGCCCAGGUAGAGUCUCUUCAAAGUGAACGCCCUGUCCCGCUACACUUACUUCAAACUGCUGCGUUCACAGCGCGUUUUACACUGCACUAGUUUGGCAUAUCCAGACUUUUAGGCUACGUCUUGGAAGUAUAAUGCCUUCACGAGUCGUUUUACAAGGUCCCGGACCGUGGGGCUUCCGUCUGGUCGGGGGAAAAGAUUUCGAACAACCUCUGACUAUCUCGAGGGUGACCCCAGGAAGCAAAGCGGCACAAGCUGACCUUUGUAUGGGGGACAUGAUCCUGGCCAUAGACGGAGAGUCAACAGACGGCAUGACUCACCUGGAAGCACAGAAUAAAAUCAAAGCUUGCGUGGAGGAAAUGGUGCUUUCCAUUGACAGAUCAGAAUCGAAAAUGUGGUCCCCACUGGUCACUGAAGAAGGAAAGACCAAUCCAUACAAGAUGAAUCUGGCCAAUAAAGAAACACAGGAGGUGAAACAUAUAGGCUCUGCUCAUAACAGGAGCGCCAUGCCUUUCAAUUCUGGCAGUCCAAGGGUGGUCACCAACAUGUACAAUAACCCCUCUGGCCUGUAUUCAUCUGAGAACAUUAAGAGUUUUAACACUGCAGUGGAUGAUGUCCAGACGACUUCUGCCUCCAGUGAAGCCAGCAGGAACCCAGAUCCUUGUAGAACUGGCCAGCCAAAACCUGCAGUGACUGCAGACUCUGAGGUGUACAAAAUGCUGCAGGAGAAUCAAGAAUCCAGCGAGCCCCCUCGCCAGUCUGCUUCCUUUAAAGUUUUGCAGGAGAUCCUGGAAACCGGUGAUGCAGAUAAACCCUCAGGCUUCAGAAGUGUCAAGCCUCCCACCACAAAAAUUGGAUCCUCGGUUGGAAAUCCCGAAAAGCUCUCUCUUUGUGACAAAUGUGGUUCAGGGAUUGUAGGAAUGAUGGUCAAGCUUCGAGAUAAGUUUCGCCACCCAGAAUGCUACGUCUGCACAGACUGCGGGAUCAAUCUUAAGCAGAAAGGACACUUUUUUGUUGAGGACAAGAUCUACUGCGAGAAACACGCGCGUGAACGCGUCACUCCUCCAGAGGGUUAUGAUGUCGUCACCGUUUUUCCGAAGUAGAAUGUUUCCCAUGUUCUACUAUUAAACUGCACAUUCCCUUAUAGUCUUCCAGUGGGGCUGCUUUGUUGCCAAUAUGAAUGUUCGUGAAAACUCUUACAUACUCAGAAGUGCGUAGAUAUAAAUGGACUUUGGCAACAGUAAUCAAGAAAUUGUGAUUAGACAUCACCUGAAUAUGUGAAUGUAGAGUCUAUCCCGAUUAAGUGCUAUUCUUACCAUACAUUCCAAUGUCGUCUUCAUUCCGUGCGUUUAUCUCAUUGCGUAAAAGGCUCGUUUUAUUGGUGCUAGGGUAUCUUAAGACCUCUUAUUGCAUUUGCAGAUUUUCAUAGAAAGUUUUAAACCGAUAAGUGAAAUGUUUGAAAUCACGGUUGUAUUCCCCACGCACACCAGUAUGUAAAAACUGUUCCAUGUUUGUAUAUUGUCUUUUUGGAUAUUUUUGUAUGAAAAUAAAUGUUCAGCCUUGCAAAAAAAAAAUAAACUGUUGCAUAUCCAUUGUUA